GACAUCUAUCAACUCUCUUUUCGUUGGUUCUGUUUUACCGUCCACAAUCCUUUUUUUUGGGCUGGUCCGGAGGCUCCUGGAGGAUCUAUGAUUUCUCUUCAUUUCGACCGUUAGCCUAUCGUUCUUUUCCAACUCGGUCGAAACCGUAAUAGCGUUUCCCCGGAACGAAACGCCACUCGCUCAUCCUCAGCCUCAUCUUUUGUAUGUCGACUGGAUUUGAAGGUCGACAUAUUCACCGUAUACCAUCCGUUCCACAGUCAAGUUCGAGAGUCAGUAGGCGUUCCAAUUCGCGGGCGUCCCAACCAGCGAACACACCAAGCAACUCACCGGACACUUGUCAAAGUCCGUCAGCCGACAUGAUGGCACAAAGCCAAAGAUCCCGGUACUUGAAGACAGGCGCCAUUGUCGGCGCCUUGCUUUUGAUGAUCCUUUGGCUCUCACCGUCGAAACCGGCAGUGACAGGGCUCGGCCGUGAAAAAUCCCCCGCCGGCGCCACUUCUUUAACAGAUAAAUGCACUAAGCCACAUGACCCAUCCAAACCAUUGAUUCAGUACGCUCUCAUGAUUGAUGCUGGAAGUCAGGGUUCUCGGAUUCACGUCUACCGGUUUAACAACUGUGGCCCUACUCCGGAACUUGAGCACGAGGAGUUCGAACAAACCGAGAAGCGAAAGGGUGGUUCUGGAUUGAGCUCCUAUAAGGAAGAUGCCGAGGGAGCGGCCAAAAGUCUUGACCCCCUCAUGCAAGUCGCAAUGCGGACUGUUCCUGAUGAGUACAAGUCUUGUUCACCAGUCGCUGUGAAGGCUACAGCCGGUUUGCGAAUGCUUGGGCCAGAAAUGAGCCAGAACAUCCUGGAAGCCGUCAGGAAUCGUUUGGAAACCGUCUAUCCGUUCCCUGUCGUCUCUCGUGAAAAGGGAGGCGUUGAGAUUAUGGAUGGAUCUGAUGAGGGCGUUUACGCCUGGAUCACAACGAACUAUCUUCUCGGAAAGAUCGGCGGCCCAGAUGAAACACCCACUGCUGCGAUCUUCGAUCUCGGUGGAGGUUCUACUCAGAUUGUUUUCCAGCCCACCUUCGAGAAGAGUAAGUCAGGCGGCAUGCCGGAGCGAUUAGCCGAUGGCGAUCAUAAGUAUGAGCUUCAAUUUGGUGGACGUGGCUUUGAUCUGUACCAGCACUCCCACCUCGGAUACGGUUUGAUGGCGGCUCGUGAUGCCAUCCAUAAGGCUGUUGUCGAGGGUAAAUUGGCUGCUAAUGGCAACGACAAGGCUUGGUUGAACCAGCCCAUUUCUAAUCCCUGUAUCGGACCUGGUAUGGAGCGCGAGGUGGAGUUGAAAUAUGACACUGGGCACCCACUUAGUCCCAAGGUGACUGUCAAGAUGGUUGGCCCGCAGGAUGGGUCGUCUUCGCCUGCUUUGUGCCGUGGCUUCGCGGAGAAGAUUCUCAAGAAGGAUGCAGAAUGCAAACUUGCUCCUUGUUCCUUCAAUGGCGUUCACCAGCCCUCGCUCGCGAAGACAUUCUCUCGGGAAGAUGUCUAUAUCUUCUCCUACUUCUUUGAUCGCACCAAGCCCCUAGGCAUGCCUGACUCUUUCACUUUGGAGGAACUGCACCAGCUUACGUCCACUGUUUGCGCCGGCGAAUCAUCAUGGAACAUCUUCGAAGGCAUGGGAGACGUCUUGACCGAGUUACGUGGUCGUCCCGAGUGGUGCUUGGACUUGAACUUCAUGCUUACUUUGCUGCACACUGGCUACGAAAUGCCAUUGUCCCGCGAAGUCAAGAUUGCGAAGAAAAUUAAGAAUAACGAACUCGGCUGGUGUCUGGGUGCAAGCUUGCCUCUUCUGAGCCAGGAAUCAGGAUGGUCUUGCCGCAUCAAGGAAGUCUCCUAGAUAUGAUGGAUACGAUAUGGUGAUGUAUUGGUAUUAAUUACAAUCAGAUGACAUGUAUACAUCUGUCUUUUUCUCAUGCAAAUAUAGCUAGAAAUUUUGUCUCCUCGACUAUAUUGAUACUGCUGCAUUUAGAUUUUGUACUCAAUUCCCUGUACGCUAUAGGAAAACAAAUAUGGAAGUGCAAUUGAUGUCCUCUAUACUGCUAGGA